AUGGGUUCAUGCCAGCCUUGCAUCGAGGAUAUUCGCGUCGAGGGAACCUGGAGUGGCGAUCUGUCAGAUCCUGUCAACCUCACAAUCUCGAUCGAGCUUGUUACGAAGAGCAGAUCGCACUUGUCCCUCAUUCGAAACAAUCAUCCCGCUGUGUUGUCUACCACGGUUAUAGCCAUCUCGAAAAUCCCACAGAAUGAGGACAAACUAUCGCCAUUCAGGCCCUCAGGCCCUCACCAUCCUCUUCGGCAAGAGCCCUCCCCCCUUCCAGAGGCACCAGAAAUUCCCCUCUUUUCACAAACGGCAUCCUUAUACGAAGCAGCCAGUAGUCAUGAUAGUGUCUUGUCUCCUCCUCCACCGUCAACCUCUAGGGAAUUGACGAUUCGCAAGCGCUUGAGUCUUCUACCGAAACCAACUUCUCCACCAAAGCAGAACCCUCCACUCCGACAAAAGCCGAGCAGAAAACUUGACAGUAGUCCUUACUCUGUACGAAAACACCCUGUCUCGCUCGACAAGCGACCACCCUGGCGGCCUGGUGGAGCCGAUGAUACUAUGUCACGAGGUAGGAAACAAAUUGGUACCGACGUGGCGAAGAGAAGGGUCUCUCGAUCAACGGGAACAAUGCAAGCGAGUCGUGGACGAACACGCCACAGACAGUCUUCAUUACCAGGUCAAAUGCUAGGAACGCAACAAGAGUCGCAAAGUUUGCAAGCAGAAGAAAGUCAAAAUUGGCCAAAGACACUUCCAAGAGGUAAAGCGACGAUGAUUCCUCUGCCUGCUAAAUGUCAGCACCGAGAUACCACGGUCAAAGUUACUCGAUAUGCUGAAGCGCAAAAUGCAAGCGAAAGACUAGAAAAGUGGCUUGAGGAUAGACGGAACGACUGGGCUGCUGAAAUUUGCACGGCCAGCGAGUUGGUCUCGGAAGGUGGCAUUCCGGAGGUGUUCGAUGCGCCAGAUGCUACGUUGUCUCUAAGUCCCACUCCUUCGUCGCGUGCAGCUCUUCCCUGGACAUCCCUUCAAGGCAUACGCGGCGGGGGCUCCAUCAGUAAAAAGUCCUGCUCAUUGGGUCAAGACACCCCGAUUGCAACCUUGGUAGAAGACAAUGGCAUUCUGUUCGCCUUCUUUCAAGAUUGCAGCGCUGGCGAGUCUAAGACAGCCAGACUUUGCAUCGAAAUUCAUGCUUGCAUAAUGCUCGAAGCCCAACCUUCAGGCUGUCAUUCACUUUCUAUCCCGGGUCUUCCCCUGCAGGGCGGCCACGCACAGGGUACUUUCUCCCUCAAAAUCAAGGGACCAGCAACGCUAGGAAACGACGAUUUCAAAGCGUAUGAGAAGGUUGCUUAUGUCGACAAGGACUUCUCCACGCAUCCGCUACAGCAUGAUCAAAUGUCUCUGACCUUCUCUCUUGCCACGCCAUUUACUGUCAACGUUCUUUGUUUCGAAGCUUGUCGGGUACUGGAACCUUCAAACUUUGAGGUGGAUAGUAAUGUUUAUACUCGAUUCGACUGGGAGAAUUUCGAGGAUGAUGGUAUUACAGCGGAGCAUUCGAUGCUCUGUUCGCUACGGCUGCACCCAUUUCUUAUGUGGGCAGAAAAUGUACAAUUCAAGCUGUACCUGGUUGGUGGUCCUUCCGGCACUCUUGACACAUGCUUGACACCUGGGAACCGUCGUAUUCAUCUGAACGGGGAACGCUGUGAUUCUGAGCAUGAGCUAGAGAUUCUGAUGACCUGUCCAGUGGCAGACCUGCAAAAGACGUUCAUAAUCUCCUGGAAGCAGUCUUUGGGCGUUGCUCCAUUCGAAAUGUGGCUACCCAGAAUCUCUGGUCUUUACAGCAAGAAGCUCGAGGACCUCUUUGACCUGCCGUAUGAAGACGGCAUUUCCAUCAAUCCAAGGCCCUGCCAAAAGUCGAGGCUGUAUUCGAUGGUGGCACAGGAGGAGUUUCUCAAGUCAUCUGGUGACAUAUACUUCUUCCCAGAAAACCAGCACAAUCCGCGAACCAUUCGUCAGAGUCUGAUUGAGAAGUCGGGUCAAUUCUAUGACGAGCUGACGGCUGAGUACGAUGAAUCAACGCCAGCAACGCCUACAGAUGAAGACUUCAAGGCGCCUUUGAAGCAUUCGAUCAUCACUUUACAGCCUGUCAAGAGGCCACGAACAUCCACAUCAGACUUUCUUCUGAACACCCGCGCGGAUGCUGGUAACCGCCCGAAUGUUAGAAAGCGGUCAAAGAAGUUCACAGAAACAGGGGGUGCUGCCGAGGAUGUGGUGGAGCCGAUAAAUACCGUACAACCGAAAGCAUCUGGCGCAGGAGCAAGUUCGUUCCUGAUUCGCAGUGCUGUUUUCAUGGUUAAUAUGCUACGAGGGUUCUUUAGCCAUCUUGCCGCCCCUGUGAGGUUGCUCAAGAUUAUGCUCCUGACAUGGCUUUGUCUCCGGGCGUUCAACCACGACAGCGUUGCGCAGUUUGAGAACUCGGUCGUCGCGCAGGCGAAAGAAGCCUGGGAUAGCUGGGACUUCGAGCCAGUGGAGCUGCGUGGUGACUUCACAGGAUGGAAGCACCUGCUGGCCAAAAUCAACCACGGCGCAGCAAGUGUCAUCCAUGAUGGUCGUCUUGGCGCUCAGAAUGCAAUAGAUGUGGCAGUAGAAGAGUCGGAUGGGGCGGUUGAAGAUGCUCCAAUGGUGGAUGACGAGGUGCCAGCGGGGGCUAUCGACGAGGGACAGCCGUCUGCAGUUGGGAAGGAGGAAGAAGUGAACGGCCAGGGCCAAGAAGCAGAGAAGGAGCAUGGUUUGACAUUACUGGACCGCAUCGACCUUGCGCUCGGCUGGAAGCCUCCUCAAGCUCAAGGGACUGCAUGA